UAAUUUAGAUUUUCUUGAAAAGUUACAAUGUUUUAGUGCAGAUUUUCAGUUUAAACCAACUACAGAAUUAGAAAGUAAAGGUUGAAAUGGUCAGGCUUGAUAUCAUAUUAACCAGUCAAGGAAAUAAAGGUUGUCUAAUAAAGAAAACUGAGUCAAAAAGAUAGACCUUAGAAUUUUGAAAAUUUCUCCCUCUUUGUACUCUUAAUCUCCUAUAUGUCUCAUACUGCAAAAAAUUCUAAAUCUUCAUAGUUCAUACAAACGAAAAUGGCAGCAGAAACCACUAAAGAAUUACCUGACGAAUGUUGGGUGAUGAUCUUCAACCAUCUCAAUCAUGAAAGUGAUCAUGAAUCAAUCUCUUUAGUCUGUAAGAGAUUUCUGUCAAUCACCAAUUCGAUCCGAGUUAGCAUGAAAGUAUUCAAUCCAUCAAUCCAAGUCCUCUAUAAGCUGCUGCAAAGAUUCUGCAGCAUUAAGAAACUACAGCUUAGUGGCUUCUUAGGAGACCUUAGUAAAGCUGUUCUUGCAAUUACACAAUCUGAAUUGCACCUGGAAGAGCUAGAUCUUUCCUAUAAUAGAAGUCUCGAAACAAUUUGUUUCGAGCAGCUGAGCUUAAAACUGAAGAAUCUCAAGAUACUUGAUUGUUCAAGUUGUCUGGGAGAUGCUGAUCUUGUCAGAAUAGCAAACUCAUUUCCCCGGCUGGAGGAGCUAGUGAUCGGGGACUCCGAUUAUGAAUAUAAUGGUAAGCGCGUUGUUGUGACUGAUGACGGGAUAGAUUAUCUGUCAUCUAAGCUCAAGAGAUUGCGCAAGAUAAAACUUUCACAUAAUAAGUACAUUUCAGAUAAGUCCCUUGUUUCCCUGUCAUCAAACUGUGAGUUUCUUGAGCAAGUUAAUGUAUUCUUUUGUGGUGUGACAGAACAUGGAUUUUCGUUCCUUGUAAACAAUAGCCGUCACUUGAGAACCUUGCUUCUAUCAGCACAUUUUCAGAUAGAAUCAUUUAGACUCAAAAGUUCAACUAGUUUCGCCUCAAAAUUACAGUCUGUGUCAUUCAUAAAAGUAGGAAUUUCCGACAAGUUUUUAGAAGCUAUAGCAGAGGCACAAAUUCCUCUAACUGAUCUUUCUCUCUUAUACUGCAAAAGCUACACGUUUAAUGGAUUAUUGAAGCUACUAUACUCGUAUCAAUCGUUAAAAACUUUAGUUCUUCGAGGAGCAGAGUUUCUUACAAAUGAGCAUAUAGAGAACUUGUCCUCAUUUCUCCAUAGCUUGACAUCAAUCUCGCUCUCUGACAGUCCAGAGCUAUCGGAUUCAGCUUUUGUUAUGCUCAUACAAAGAUGUCCUCUACUAUGUCAUCUUGAAAUGGUAAGAACAAGCCUGGGAAGAGAAGAAUACAAUCAUGAUAGCCUAAUAAAGAAGCAUUUUGCAUUGAAGCACUUGGAUUUAUCAUCAAAUUCUUACUUGAACACUUCAGGUCUAAAAAGACUCCUUCAUUUCUGUCCCAAAUUGGAGAAGAUCAGACUAUAUGCUUGUUUUCAACGUUAUAACCAACUCGAUGUGGCUGAUAUAUUGGAGUGCAACAAGGGAGUUGUUAACUUGGUUAUAAGUAGUUGUCAACUGAAAUUGUCCAGAAAAGACGCGGAAAUCUCUAUGUUAGAGACAUUGAAUGCACAGUAUUCAGAAAUUAACAAUGAAGUUCUAGCAAUGUUAGGGAGGAUCAGCCCUAGACUAGUUCAUUUGGAUCUGAUGGAGUGCGAAAACUUGACAGAAGAAGGGGUAAAGGAGGUGGUGAAAUCGUGUAGAAGACUCAGAUUUUUAAGCCUGAGUGCAUGUGAGAAUGUGGAUACUAACAUUAUAGCAUGGAUUGUCACUAAUAGACCGUCUUUGAGACGUGUGGUCUCACCAUCUUGCUCAUACCCCGACGAAGAAGAGCAGAAACACUUCUUGCAGCAAGGUUGCCUUGUUACUAAAGGUGCACAUUAUGAAAUAUGAAGACUAUUAAGUAGUCUUAAAAGUUAAAGUGUGUUUAAUUCUUGCUGCCUACAUCUUGGCCUGAUGUUUUUCUCCUUCUCUUUGGUUUGUAUGAGGCUCCCUUCUUGUAUCUUCUUGUGCACUGUAUUCACCUUAAUAACAAUUAAGAAAUUUGAGUUUGUAAA